AGUGCCGAAAGACUGAGAGCGAGGAAGAGAGAGAGAGUGAGAGAAAACACGCGUGUGUGUGUGUUAGAGAGAGAGAGUGACGGAGAGAGGGAGAGGAGAAAACUGCAAAAUCUGUGAAGGUUUCCAGGCGUCCGCUGGUUCCUCUCGACGGCCGUGAAGCGCUGACUGGAGGAUGAGUUCAUUUAGCACCAGGGCUCUGACGCUGCUGUCGUCGGUGUUCGGGGCGUGUGGUCUGCUCCUGGUCGGAGUGGCUGUUUCCACAGAUUACUGGCUGUUAAUGGAGGAAGGCAUCAUCCUGCAGCAGAACCAGACCACAGAGGUGAAGAUGGCUCUGCAUUCUGGACUCUGGAGGGUCUGUUUUGUGGCUGGGCCAGAGAAGGGGAGAUGUGUGGCAUCUGAAUACUUCACUGAGCCAGAAAUAGAGAUCACUACUGAGAACACAGCCAAUAUACUAAAAAUGGUCAGGACUGCCACCCCGUUCCCUAUGGUCUCACUUCUUUUUGUCUUCACGGCUUUUGUCAUAAGCAACAUUGGCCACAUCCGUCCCCAGCGCACCAUCCUGGCCUUCGUCUCUGGAAUCUUUUUCAUCUUAUCAGGUUUGAGUUUAGUGGUUGGCCUGGUUUUGUAUAUCUCCAGUAUCAAUGAUGAAGUGAUGAACAGGCCUCGGGAGCCAGAGCAGUUCUUUCAUUACCACUAUGGCUGGUCGUUUGCCUUUGCUGCCAGCUCCUUCCUGCUCAAAGAGGGUGCUGGGGUCAUGUCAGUCUAUCUCUUCAUGAAACGUUACGCUGAGGAAGAGAUGUACCGACCCCACCCUGCACUGUAUCGCCCUCGUCUAUCUGAAUGCAGUGACUACAGUGGCCAGUACCUGCACCCCGACUCGUGGCCUCCUCCUCAACGUGGACGCAGCGGCUCUGAGGUGUCCAGCGACAUCUCCAUUCAGCUCAACCAGACCCCUCUGCCUCCUCAGACGAAAGGCAGCGGGCCAUCUAAUCCACCCUCUUCCUCGGGCCCCUCCUCAGGGGCCAGUUAUCACCUCCCACCUGCUUCCUCCUCCUCCUCUUCUUCCUAUCCUCACACCAUCCACUCCUCUCAUUCCAGCAGCCACGUCCCUCAGUCUCUCCCAAUGGCCGCGCCCCCAUCUGCAGUCCCGCCUCCUCGUUAUCAUGCGCAUAUGCGUAUGAGCGCAUCCCCGUGUUAGAGCUCCCCCACAUUGGAUACCUAAACAACACAAAUAUGAGCAUAACCUUAGGAAAGAGGGUAAAACUCCAGAGACAAUGGCGGAAAAAAUGGAGGAAAGGGUGCUAAGUUGCAAAGAGGUAGACAAUGAAGCAUUUUACUAGCAAUUCUGUGCCUGAAUAAUGUUUUAACAGAUUCUCAGUGUGAGAUUUAACAAAGGACUGAGGGAAUUGGGAUUUAUACAUAUAGAAAGAAUGUAUGGAGGAGAAUGAAAACAGGAAAACAGUGCAAAAUACUGACCGGAGUAGUUGAGAACAAUUGUAUACAUAUUUAAAUUUGUAUGUAAAAACUGAUUCCAUUUUUUCAUUCCACCUCAUAUAUCAUGAGUGUCAUGAGGCUGUUUAUACCAUUCCUUGUUUAUACUAAAGCAUACAGACACGAAUGCGCCCCCAAAUGUGGCAGAUUUUAUUUUAAUUGAUGUCACAGAUGUGUUUCAGUAGACAAUUUCUG